UCCUGGAGCCCUCUGUUCUGCCUGGUGACAAUUAGCCAAAGGUUAUCUCUCUUUAUUCAGAAGCAUAAAUUUGCAUGUUGAUUGCAAGAAGAUGUUUCUUUGGCUCUUUCUGAUUUUGUCAGCCCUGAUUUCUUCGACAAAUGCAGAUUCUGAGAUAUCAGUGGAAAUUUGCAAUGUGUGCUCCUGUGUGUCAGUGGAGAAUGUGCUCUAUGUCAACUGUGAGAAGGUUUCAGUCUACCGACCAAACCAGCUGAAACCGCCUUGGUCAAAUUUUUAUCACCUCAAUUUCCAAAACAAUUUUUUAAAUAUCCUCUAUCCAAAUACAUUCUUGAAUUUUUCACACGCAGUAUCCCUGCAGCUGGGAAAUAAUAAACUGCAGAACAUUGAGGGAGGAGCCUUUCUUGGGCUCAGUGCAUUAAAGCAGUUGCACUUGAACAACAAUGAAUUAAAGAUUCUCCGAGCUGACACUUUCCUUGGCAUAGAGAACUUGGAGUAUCUCCAGGCUGACUACAAUUUAAUCAAGUAUAUUGAACGAGGAGCCUUCAAUAAGCUCCACAAACUGAAAGUUCUCAUUCUUAAUGACAACCUGAUUUCAUUCCUUCCUGAUAAUAUUUUUCGAUUCGCAUCUUUGACCCAUCUGGACAUACGAGGAAACAGAAUUCAGAAGCUCCCCUAUAUCGGAGUUCUGGAACACAUAGGCCGAGUUGUCGAAUUGCAACUGGAAGAUAACCCUUGGAACUGCAGCUGUGAUUUGUUGCCUUUAAAAGCUUGGCUGGAGAAUAUGCCAUAUAACAUUUACAUAGGAGAAGCUAUCUGUGAAACUCCCAGUGACCUGUAUGGAAGGCUUUUAAAAGAAACCAACAAACAAGAAUUAUGCCCCAUGGGCACAGGCAGUGAUUUUGAUGUACGGAUCCUGCCUCCAUCUCAGCUGGAAACCGGCUAUACCACUCCCAAUGGCCACACUACUCAAACAUCUUUCCACAGAUUAGUGACCAAACCACCGAAAACUACAAAUCCUUCCAAGAUCUCUGGAAUCGUGGCAGGCAAAGCCUUCUCCAACCGCAAUCUUAGUCAGAUUGUGUCUUACCAAACAAGGGUGCCUCCUCUUACACCUUGUCCAGCGCCUUGCUUUUGCAAAACACAUCCUUCGGAUUUUGGACUGAGUGUCAACUGCCAAGAGAAAAAUAUACAGUCCAUGUCUGAACUGAUACCGAAACCUUUAAAUGCCAAGAAGUUGCAUGUCAAUGGCAACAGCAUCAAAGAUGUGGACAUCUCAGACUUUGCUGAGUUUGAAGGACUGGAUUUGCUCCAUUUAGGCAGUAAUCAGAUUACAGUGAUAAAGGGAGAUGUGUUCCAUAAUCUCACUAAUUUACGCAGGCUGUAUCUCAAUGGCAACCAGAUUGAAAGACUCUAUCCUGAAAUAUUUUCAGGCCUUCAUAACCUGCAGUAUCUGUACUUGGAAUACAAUUUGAUUAAAGAAAUCUUAGCGGGCACCUUUGACUCGCUGCCAAAUUUGCAGCUACUAUACUUAAACAACAAUCUCUUAAAGAGCUUGCCCGUUUACAUUUUUUCUGGAGCACCCCUUGCGAGACUGAACCUGAGGAACAACAAAUUCAUGUACCUACCUGUCAGCGGGGUUCUCGAUCAGCUGCAGUCUCUGACACAGAUUGACUUGGAGGGCAACCCAUGGGACUGCACUUGUGACUUGGUGGCAUUAAAGCUGUGGCUGGAGAAGUUGAAUGACGGGAUUGUUGUGAAGGAACUAAAAUGUGAAACACCUGUUCAGUUUGCCAACAUUGAACUGAAGUCCCUCAAAAAUGAAAUCUUAUGUCCCAAACUCUUAAACAAGCCAUCUGCGCCAUUCACGAGCCCUGCACCAGCCAUUACCUUCACCACCCCGCUGGGUCCCAUUCGAAGUCCUCCUGGAGGUCCAGUGCCUCUGUCGAUUUUAAUCUUAAGUAUCUUAGUGGUCCUCAUUUUAACUGUGUUCGUUGCUUUUUGCCUUCUUGUUUUUGUGCUGCGACGAAACAAGAAACCCACGGUGAAGCAUGAGGGCCUGGGGAAUGCAGAGUGUGGUUCCAUGCAGCUGCAGCUGAGGAAGCAUGACCACAAAACCAAUAAAAAAGAUGGACUGAGCACAGAAGCUUUCAUUCCACAAACCAUAGAACAGAUGAGCAAGAGCCACACCUGUGGCUUGAAAGAGUCAGAAACUGGCUUCAUGUUUUCAGAUCCCCCAGGACAGAAAGUCAGCAUGAGAAAUGUUGCCGACAAGGAGAAAGAUUUGUUACAUGUGGAUAGCAGGAAGAGAUUGAGCACAAUUGAUGAGCUGGAUGAAUUAUUCCCGAGCAGGGAUUCCAACGUGUUUAUUCAGAAUUUUCUCGAAAGCAAAAAGGAGUACAACAGCAUAGGUGUCAGUGGCUUUGAGAUCCGUUAUCCAGAAAAACAAGACAAGAAAAACAAGAAGUCAUUGAUAGGCGGCAACCACAGUAAAAUUGUGGUGGAGCAAAGGAAGAGCAGCGAGUAUUUCGAACUGAAGGCAAAACUCCAGAGUUCCCCCGACUACCUACAAGUCCUUGAGGAGCAGACAGCUUUGAACAAGAUCUAGGUCACACAAUUUUACUUCAUGCAGAGGACAUUUAUUUAAUGAUGAAAGUGCCUUUUGUUGAUUUCUAACUUCCAAAUACUAUAUUAUCAAUAGGCAUAGAGGCAGGUGUUUCCAAGGGUGUCUCAUUAACUGUAGCUGCGAAGAUGUGUCCAGUAGAAGAGAAUCUCCAAUAGAUUUUACUGCAUCAAACCUAUACUGUGGAGUCCUGUGGGGAUACUGCAAACUCUAUUGCCAAAGGGAUGCUUUAUAUACAUAAUACACUGAAUUUAACCUCAAGAGGCAAAUCUGUUUUGUACCCCAAUGCAAAACCUUCCUCUCUGUGCUUUGUAAAGCAAAGUCAAGAAAACUGGUACCAGUGUUCACACUUCAACUGGGUCCUUCAUCUUGCACGUAGAUUAAGUUGGUGGAACUGGAAUACUCCUUCUGAUUUGUGGCAUUGUAACAACUCUCUGUAAAGAUUAUCUGAAAAGUAAAA